GAUUAUACCAGGAAUUCUUCCAUAAUGGAAAAGCAUCAGAAUUUAAAUCAUUUCAGCAAAUUUUUCUCGAAAUUAUCGUAUCUGAAGAAUAAUUCUCAGUUUCCUUAUGAUGUUACUUUAUUCUUCGAUGGCGAAGAAUUCCAUGCCCACAAACUUAUUUUGUCCUGCUCCAGUUUGUACUUCAGAGCGAUCUUUAAUGGAAAGUUCACGGAGAGUCAUUCGAAAAGAUUUGAAAUGAAUGGUUUUGAUCGCGAGAUUCUCUUGAAAGUUUUGCACUACAUAUACUCCAGAGAAAUACCUUACGCAGACGAAGACAUCAGCGAGAUUAGCAAAGCGGCCAAUUAUUUGCAGAUAAAAUCGUUGGUGGAUGCUUGUGAUGAAUAUAUGAAGCGCAACAUGAAGUCGAAAUACUGCAUUGCAUGGUGGAAACUUGCAGAAACCCACCCCUUAAGUGGUGUACAACAAAGUGCUCUGAAUCAUAUUAGCUGCAACCUAGAAGAAGUUACGAGAACACCCGAAUUUCUGGAACUGGAACCUGUUGAAAUUGAAAUGAACAGUGCACCAAAACGCACAAUUAUUCUUUCCUUCUAG